UAUUCUGCAUUGCACAAACACCAAAACCCUAGUUAUGUUUUCUCCAUCGAUGGAAGAAGUAUUACCUGAAAAUCUCAUCCUGGACAUUUUAUCAAGACUUCCGGUGAAAACAAUAAUCCGCUGCAAGUGCGUGUGCAAAAAGUGGCGUGAUCUUGUUUCUGAUCCUUACUUUGUUCAACUUCAUCUCUCGAGAUCGCGUCAGUGCCUAAUGAUUCAUGAGGGCAAGACUGUAGAUUUGCAAGAACGUUUACAGUGGGUAGAGAUCGAACACGACAACCUUGACCCAGUGAAGACCCUUGAUCGUGAUAGUUUCCCGGUGGGUUCGGUCAAUGGUCUGAUCUGCUGUUGUGUCCCAUAUGAUAAUUCCAUCCACGUAUUCAAUCCUGUCUUGGAAGAAAAUAUGCUCCUUCCUAAACCAGAAUUGAAGAUUGAAGGAUCUAUGAGUUAUGGUUUCGGAGUCUCAAUGGAUGGGGAAUACAAAGUGAUACUUCGCGGGAGGAGGAAACCCGAUUAUAUGCCUUAUGAAUAUGAAGUCGACGUCUACACCCUUGGCACGGACCAAUGGAGAGUUCUGGGACAAACCCUUGACGACCUUAACAAAAUGAGGUGUGGUCCUGGUGUAUUUUUAAAUAGUCAUGUGUAUUGGCUAGGAAUUUAUGGCCAAAUCUACGAUUUUGACUUGACUACAGAAACAUCUGAGUUAUUUCCACCCCCUCCAGGCUGGGAAAAACUUGAAUCGAAGAAAAUGUUGGGAGUCCUGAAAGGUAGGUUAAGUCGAAUUUGUUGGUGUUCAUUAGCAUUAGACCUGUGGGUGAUGAAGGGGGAUUCUUGGUAUAAGGAGAUAGCUAUAAUUCAGGAAAUUAUAAGUCUUACUCCUAAAUCAGAACCCUUGUGUCUCAUGGAUGGUUUAAAUGGUACUAGUGUAUUGAUGCUCCUUGAUAAAGAAACAAACCAAUUCGUGGCGUACUGUCUUAACACAAAUACGAUUCUACACCUAGAAUGGCCGGGCUGCCUAUAUAGGAUAAGCUAUAUAAUGACUUAUUGUCCUAGCUUUGUUAAGCUCAUAACUAAUUGGAUAAGAGUGAGUUCACGCGGUGUACAACUACAGUUAGUGAUUUCCCAUCCGCUGAGGAGUUAAGGAAAGAUGGUUUCGUAGGUCACAACUCAUCUGCCUUAAGGCUUGAACCAAAACACAGGGAAGUUUUGCUAGUUUAUGUUUAAGAUAUUGUCUCUGAGUUUGAAGCUAGUACUACUCUAUGAGUUGCUUUUUGUGUUCAGACAACAUUAACUAUGUUUUUAUUUGGCUUUGUUGGGGUUCAAGCUUCAAACACACACUUGGAAAAACUCACAUACAAGAGAAAUAACUUUCUGCUUCAAA